CCUAAGUGAAGGGAAGUUACUCCAUAGAGAAGAGAGAGACUGCAGAAAUCUGAUCUAGAUCUUCAAUCUCCAUCUCCAAGCUUGAUUCCCGAGCUCCAAUGGCGAAGAAAUCCUCCAAAAUAGCUCCAAGAAUGUUCCCAAGUCGCUCUCUCUCUCUAGGGUUCGUCCCUUGGGUGUUUGGGAUCCAAAACCCAGCUCUCCUCUUCUUUGGUUCGGAAUUUGGCUUAAAACCAGGAAAUCCCGACUCGCACGGCCAGGGUGCACGGCUGUGCAUAUCACCAUUCUGGCCGUGCAACUCAAAACGCAGCGUGUCAUUUAGUCGAACUUCAGCCCUCUCGCACGGCCAGGGUGCACGGCCGUGCGAGCUUCAGGGGUUGCCCGUGCGUGUCCUCGGCAUAAGGCGCACGGCCAUAUUGCUCACGUGCACGGCCGUGCAGCCUCCCUGGUCUGCCCGUGCAGCUCCCCAAAAACCUCGCCAUUCGUCCGUUCUUCGUCCAAUCGACCCCAGACUCGCUCCUAAGCCUUCAUUCACGUACUAGGACCUGAAACAUCACAAACAAGCACAACCUAGCGUGAAAUCGGUCUAAACCACGAGAAAUCACAUCUCAAACGGUGUAAGAACAGGGGUAAAAACAUGUGUAAUUAACGGUCUAUCAGAGUCACUGCCAAAAAUCUGAAUAGUGCCCAUUAAGUAGUGUUUCUUAGCAGUUUGGCUUAGAAAUGCUGACAUUUAUAUAACCACCUUCGCUCUUGUGCUCUAAAGAAUAUGAGUAAUGCAGAAUGGCAGAGAAAAAGUAAGUGGUUUGAUUGACUGUGAUUGUGUUGGGUUUAGAACUGUGGAACCUUGUGCUAUGAAUACUUACACCACCUAAAAGGCCUUUUUCCCCAUGUCCAAGACCCUAGCCAGUCAUCUGAACCUGUGUCUUAGACCUCCAUAUUAGUUAGUGGUGACACCCCAUAUGCGAACUUUAGCAUUUAGAGGCUGCCGUCAUGGUGAAGAGAUGUUAGGGAUUGAUAGAAUAAGCAUGCGCACUUUUCGCAUCAAAUUGUCCUGACCCCACUAGUCGAGAGUGAGCAAUUCAUUUUCUCAUAUUCUCUAUACUCUUGUACCCCGGUGAGGACCUAGAUUGCUCGGUCUCUAUUCUGAUAUCUUGAGUUUUGUGCAUGAGGUGACUGUCUUGAGUAAGUGGUUGAGUCAAGUCUAGGUUGGUUGGUAAACAGAAGGGAGACUCCUCCUUUACUCGAUUUUGCUGCACUCGAAUGUCCUCUGUGGUGGUUGUCCAGGUUGCUAUUGAAGUUGUUCAUGUGUUGAUGUUUGAAAGCCAGUAUGAUUCACGUGUUCUGUGCCUUUAUGAUUUGUCCCCAAUGUUGGUAUGAUUGAAAUAUGUGAGCUUACCUUGUGUAUGACUUGGUUUGCUUGGGGACAAGCAAACGGUUAAGUGUGGGGGAGUUUGAUAGACCGUUAAUUGCACAUGUUUUUACCCCUAUUCUUACACCGUUUGAGAUGUUGAUUCUCGUGUUUUAGGCCUAUUUCACGCUAGGUUGUUCUUGUUUGUGAUAUUUCAGGUCCUAGAACGUGAAUGAAGGUUUGGGAGCAAAUUCGGGGUCGAUUGGACAAAGAUUGGACGUGUGGCGAGGCGCUGAGGAAGCCACACGGGCACUCCUAAAACCCACACUGCCGUGCAAGUCACCCAUGUGGCCGUGUGGGAUUUAGCGAGGUUUCACACGGGCACCCUGGGAAUUCCACACGGCCGUGUGUCCCUGGCUGUGUAGGAAGCCUGAAGUCCAAUUAUUAGAAACGCCGCGUUUUGGCACUCACACGGGCAGCUGGGUAAGCCACACGGCCGUGUGGCCUGCCCUGUGUGGUCGGGAAAAUCUGGGUUUUAACCCAAUUUCGAGCCAAAGGAGAGGGAGUCAACUUUUUGGAGCAAAAACAGAGCCCUAGAAAGAGAAAGUGCGAAGAACUCAUCCUAAGAGUGGUUUUGGAGCUGGGUUUCAUCAAAUUAAGCUUGGAGAUCAUCAUAGGAGUGAAAAUCAUCAUCCCAGAGCAGAUUCUUCCCAUUAUCAUGAGUAUGAGUGCUUUGUAUUCUGUUUUCCCCUCUCUCUCUAUGGAGUAGAACUUUCUCUCACUUGGGUAUGAAGAACCCUAGUUCCAUGUGUUAGGGAUUUUGAUUGUAAUGACUUGGGAUUGUUAUACUGUUUGAUUAUAAUCGAAUGAUGCAUGAUUCAUUAAAUUAAUUGAAGUCUGAUUAGCUUUUCUUGAUUUCUGCUGCAACUUGAGAUAGAUAGAAUCUUAUUAGGUUGUUAGAGCUUCAUCAUUCGGUAGUAGUAUAUUGGUUAUACGAGAGUUAGUCAAUCUACUGCUUUGUACUGGAAUCCAAUUCCAGUAGUGGAGUUCUGUUUUCAUAGCCUCAGCUUUCUAUCCCGGUGAAGACUAGUCGUCUGCCGGGUAGUUUGACUGAGAGGGCUUGGUCAGCUUAAGAGAUUCCAAGCUACUGUCGGAUCUUCCGCAGUUUAAUCAACAGUAAAUCAACCUAGGGUAAUUACAAUUGAGACCUAACUAAGGAGCUAGGGGGACUCAUUCCCGAGUGACUCUUCCUUUGCUUCAGAAAACCGAACCAUUUCCUGCUUUCUUACUGUUUUUCAUUAAAAAACAACAAUCAAAUCGACCUAGUUUGCUAGAUAAUAGAUAAUCACGGAGUAGGCAGUAGAUCUAGACCCCGGGUUGAUAAUAGAACUUGCCACUUUACUGUAUUCCCGGACUGCGAUUAUACUUGGUCGCAAUUUGGUGUUGUGUUUUAGCGUGUCAUAUAUCAAGGUUUAUUGUUCUCUUAAGGCGUAUCAUGACCCCUUUCAAUAGUAUUCAAUGUUUCAUACUAGGACCACUACAUGAGAACUAGUUUCUAGUCACAGGCUCUUACUCACAGUAUUUUUUCCCGUAUUAAGUAGUACACUAACAGUCACAGGAAAGGUUACCGUAAUUAGUUAUACAAUUCUAAUCACGGGAACUAAUUUUUUUGUUUUUUAGUUUCUAUGUCCCAUGAUUAAUAGUUAGUCACCGUUGAUUCCCGUUAACAAUGUGUCAAUUUUCAAUUUUUUAUAAUAUUUGCUUUACUUUGUAAAGAUAAUUUAUUUUGACUCCAAAAUUUCCCUUAACGCUAAAGUUACUUUGAAACCAAAUUUUGUUUAGGCUCCAAAAAUUCAAUUUCACUUUAAAAUUUGGCUCCACAAAUUUUCCAACAGCAAAAUUUGCCCGCCAAUUGAAACACUCAUUUCUUUCCCCUCUCAUACCCAUACUCUCUCUCUUUCUUUGUUCUUCUUCUCUAGAGGAAUUGAGGCUGGAGCCAAACCCUUCUUAGCCCCCCUGAAACUCUACCUUAGCCGCCCAAAAUCCACCAAUUUAUUCAUAAUCAAAACCCUGGGUUCUCGUUCAUUUUCCCUCUUCUCUUCAUCCACUCUUCCCCUGCCAAUCUUUGAUAUUCGUUCAUCAGACUACACGUCCGAGAAGGGAAUUGGAAAAUCGGGUUAGCCGCUCCACUCCAAGCAAUCAACCGGGAAUGACGUACACUGGAGGAGAGUCGAUUUAAGGGUCCAAGUUUUCUGGUGAGAACUUUGUCAAGAAGCAGAACGGCCCCAAAUUCUUUCCAUGACCAAUGUUGGGCUAGGGAAAACAGAUCUGAGUUCUUCAUCUGCACUGCCUAAAUCGAGUGGCUGGAUGACAAGCACGUGGUACUCAAGUAGGUCAUGAAGUCCUUAGGCAUAGUCAAAGGCGAUUCGGAAGGUCAGAUAUGGAUCUGGGAGGACUUUCAAGCUCGUCUACAUUGCCGAGUGCGGCCAGCUCUAGGUGUUAAUAGGAUGUUUUUUCCCAUUCCAUUUAUAUUAUUCUUCAAUCAGUGACGACAUGGUGGUUUUGAUGUCUCUUUCUUCUAUGUUUAUGUUCUGUUUUCAUUGUUUUGGUGAGUUAGCGUUUCAGGUGUCUUUUAAGUGUUGGGUAUGUGAUGAGUUUCAUUACCACUAACUGGUUUGAGGUUUAUCGAUUCUGCGUAGGCUAGAAUCUAGAAGGCUGGUGGUGAAUGCCUUGCCAUUUGAUCUGCCUACUUUGAGCCGAGAACACGGUAUGAUGCUUCCACACCAGAACACGGUGUGAUGCUCCCAUCUUUCUCCCUUCCUUUUAUGGUUUGAUUAACUUCCUCCCGAAAUUCAUUGGUUUUGCUUGUUGCAUUGAACGAAUGGUUAGCUAGGGAUCUCUGUUUUGGAUAUGUGUUUACAGACUGAUGGUUAAAAUUUAGAGUAGUUCUCAGGGGUCGUAAAAAUGAUAGUGAAGCACUUUUCCCAGCUCGUAGUAUGCCACACUACCACCUAAACCCUAUACUAGGUUGAAGGGAAGGAAGUUCUAGAUAUCUAUGCGGAGGAGGAACAACAGGAGACAUUGGGUUUAAGUUGUUGGGUUUGCAUAGUUGAUGAUGUACUAAAGAGGAUUGGUGCAUAGAGUUUACUUGGGAUUUGUUGUUUAUCAUCAAAGACUUAAAUAUGUUCCUUCUCAGUUCUGAUUAUAUUUUGUCUGCAUGUCUCAAGCUCUUUAGUGUGUCUUGAAAGUUUGUUGUUAACACAUAUUGCGGGCUUUUAGUUUUGCCCUUAGCAAGUUCCCUUAGUGUAUAUGUGAAAAUCUGAUUCCUACCUCAUAUUCAUCCAAAAUGAAGUUAGUAGUAUUUGUGUUCUAUCCUGUGUUAAAGUUUGUUGUUAGUGCAGAUUGGUUGCUUAAGACUUGCCCCUUCAACCUUCUUUCUCCCAAUAUACUGCUUUCUUCAAUUUGUGCAGACUUAUAUUGAGAAAGAAGAUGGUAAGAAGUUGAAGCAGAAGCAACGAGAGAGCACACAUCAUUUAUCAGAUUUCAUUAACUGGCACUGACAUGUUGUUUUUGUUCUUGUGUCAUUUCUGCUUUGUACUUAUUGCUACUCUGUGCCAAUGACUUCUUUUGCAGUUCUCCAUGAUGCCUUUUUGAAGUUCCAAACAAAGCCAAAAGUAACAAGUCACAGUGACUUAUUCUGCGAAGGGAAGGAAUUCAAUGUACAAAUUCUGCAUUUCCUGGGUUAUUAUGUUCAAUACUGCUUCAGCCGCAGUUCUUCAUAUUUUUGCUCUUUAUUUCUCCAAAUUCAGCACCAAAUGCACCAAUCCCUCCAUAAGCUAGCUAUAGUUAUUAUCCUGCUGGUAGGGCCAAACCUCCAGUUGGGGAAGAUCCCACGGUGUGUUUGAUGCUAGUAGAAUUGUAAUAUACAAACUGGAUUGCUUGUAUUGGUGAUUUGGAAUUAGUUAGCCUUUUGAGCUUAAGUUUUUUUUUUUCUAGAAGUUUAAGGAUAUGUUCCAUGUGUUUGAUUUUCUUUUCUGGUGCUUUAUCCUUGAGCAUUACUUUGCAAUUAAGCCUCUCUUUGUUAAUGAGUCAUUCAAUUAUGUUCUAUAUAGCAUGUUACAAUGUAUUCGUGCUAAAAUUUCUUUUUGUCGUGUGCUGCAAGUUCUUACAAAAGCAGCUUAUGGGAAACUGAAUAGCAAAUGACUUGUUUCAUGUAGAAAAAUGAAGUAAUCUUUCAAAGACAAAGCACAAUACUGGGUUGCAUAGUGUGGAACUUGCUCAAAGUACGUUCUCCUUUCUUCUCUAGCUUUUGUGCUUCUUUGAUUGGUUGGUUCCAAUUGAUUUGUGCUUCUUUGAUAAUGUCCCUCUAUUUCCAUGGUAAAAAACCUUCUACCAUGAUCAGUGACUCUCCCAUGCUCCCAUGAUGAGUAACAUCUUUACCCUGAUCUCGCUCCUUAUCGUUCUAUCUAUGCUUUUGUAUUGCACCUGUUAAUAGAUGAUUAUGUGUUUGAUUUUUGGCAGAGAAGAUGAAGUAGCUUGUAAGGGCAAUUGACAUGUCAUUGAACAAAGAGGAAGAAGAAUUUCAAAGUGGAUGAGUAGAGAAGAUAUAUAGUUGUGUACAAAGGAUUGAUACUUGGUUAGUGAUGGGUUUACUUUUUCCGGGUUAACGAAUUCAUGUAAAAGUUUUUUUUUUUUUUUUUAUAAGGAUGAUAUAUGUUUCUUCUUUGUGAUUAAGGUACUACUUAAGGGAUUCGAACCUGGGACCUCCAGGUUCUACCACUAGACCAAGCCCAAAUUCGUUAACCCGGGGAAAGAAUUCAUGUAAAAGUUUGAAAGGACAUAAUUUGUAAUGACCUUUGACUUUUGUUUUGGAUAUUAAGCUACCUGAUUUGUAAUUACUUUUGAUUGAGGCUAUUAAGGUACAUCAUUUGACAAGUUCUUUAUUGUCAUUUCAUUAGUUAGACUCUCAAUACGUCAAGUUCCAACAUGGAGAAAUGACAAGAAAAAAACUAGGUGUAAUUAAUUAGGGAAAUUCUU